AUGAACGCCCGUUCGUGGAAUCCCAGCAUGGACGCCGCCAGUGGCUUGCGGAAAUCUCUCCAGGCCUAUUUUAGGCCGCAGGACAUUGGCGCAAGAGAGAUGAAGGCCACCUUCAAGAGUGCCCAGGAUGCCUUGCAAAAGUAUCACAGAAAGCAUCGCUUCGUUCCCACGCGAGCAUCCUUCCACCGCUGGGGCGUUCCGGGCUUCUUCCAUGCAUUCGUGCUCUUGGAAGGUGACAAGCAGCGCAAGUGGUGGCACUUCUGGAAACGACAGGACAUGUCCAUGACGGUGCUGAUCGACUUUGGCGCUUUUGGCGUUCGAGUAAUGUCCAAUUCACCUGAAGAGCUCGACUCCUUCUACAGAGCACAAAUGGUUAACAAAGAUGCUGUUCCAGACAUCGUGCGCUGGUUAAAGCAGCGCCGGCUGGCAAAAAAGGUGGACGUCAACGGGCCGGAUGCAAUCCCCAGCAUUGUCAAGUGGCUCCAGCUGAAGGUGAAGAAAGAGCAGAAGUAUCACGUGGUCAAGUACAACUGCCAUCACUUUGCGCAUGAGCUCAUGAGCAGCCUCACAUAA